AUGGAGGCAACAAUGUUCAAGACCCUCGUCGAGGUCGAAUCCCGCGACCUGGACAACCACCCUCCCCUCCUCCCCGCCGCCCCCGCCAAGGCCGUCCCGCGAACCUACCCGGGCGCGCCGCACCACCGCGACGGGACCUCCAUCGAGCUCUCCCGCAUCGACACCACCACCGCCAAUAACCACAACAAAGCCGGCGGCGGCGCAGUGAGCAGGUCCGGUACACCGCGGAGCAGCGCCGGCCCUUCCCGGGCGCAGUCGCCGACCCGCACCCCGGGGUCCGGAAGCGAUGUCGAAAUGAGCCGGCCCUCGACCCCGACGGCCUUUGAUGUCCUGCAGAGCAUCUCGGAUCCGCACAUGAACCGCUAUCGCAUGGCGGCGUCGUGUCUCAUGAACUUUGGCAACGGACUCAAUGACAGCGCGCCGGGUGCUCUGAUCCCCUACAUGGAGAAACACUACGAUAUUGGCUACGCAAUCGUAUCCCUCAUCUUCAUAGGCAACGCCUUGGGCUUCAUCUUUGGCGCCGUCUUCCUCGAGUCCCUCCGCAUCAAGCUCGGCCGCGCCCGCCUCCUCGGCCUCGCCCAGUCCAUCAUCACUAUCGCCUACGCGCCCAUCCUCGCCCAGGCCCCUUUCCCCGUCGUCGUCGUCUCCUUCUUCCUCCUCGGCUUCGGCAUGUCCAUCACCCUCGCCGUCAACAACGUCUUUUGCGGCUCCCUCCGCAACGCCACCACCGCCCUGGGCUUCAUGCACGGCGCCUACGGCGCAGGCGGCACCGUCGGCCCUCUCAUCGCCACCGCGCUCGUGACGGCGGCCCGGGCCCGCUGGAGCACGUACUACUUUAUCCCCCUCGGUCUCGCCAUCUUCAACGGCGUCUUCUCGACCUACACCUUUUGGCACUACGAGCGCGACCUCCCCGCCGGCGGGCCCCAGCCUACACCCGCCGCAGAGGCCGCGGCAGCCAAGUCGAGUUCCCAGCUCCUCAGCAUGUUCUCCGCCCUCAAGAUCCGCAUCGUCCUCCUCGGCGCGCUCUUCAUCUUCGCCUACCAGGGCGCAGAGGUCUCCAUCUCGGGCUGGGUCAUCUCCUUCCUCAUCGCCACGCGCAACGGGGACCCGGAAGCCGUGGGCUACGUCACGGCCGGGUUCUGGGCGGGCAUCACCAUCGGCCGCCUAUGCCUCUCGCACCCGGCCCACCGCGUCGGCGAGAAGCUCUUUGUCUUCUUCGCCACCGCCGGCGCGGCCGUAUUUCAGCUGCUCGUGUGGUGGGUGCCCAACGUCGUCGGCCCCGCCGUGUCUGUUGCCAUUGUCGGCCUGUUGCUGGGGCCGAUUUACCCUUGCGCGGCGGCGGUCUUCAUGAGGGGGAUGACGAGACAGGAGAGGGUAAAUGGGAUGGGCGUCAUUAGCGCGUUUGGGAGCUCUGGUGGUGCUGUUGCUCCCUUUACGACGGGUAUUGUUGCGCAGGCUGCUGGUCCUUGGGUGCUGCACCCGAUUGCCAUUGUGCUGUUUGCCUUGAUGAUGGCUUCUUGGUAUGGUGUGCCCCACGACAGAAAGAGAAGCGUGUAA